AUGCCACGAGAACAAAACCGCACUAACCCUCAACAAAAUCAACAAUCUAAACAUCAACAAGGUGCCACCUCAACUUCAUCCCGAUAUCAACCAUAUCCAAAUAAAAGAAAUACCGAUUCAGAAAAUUUUAAAACAUCAAAAGAUCAGCACUAUGGAGAGAAGAAAGGUGCUUUCCGAACUAGUGAUGGAACGAAUGCAUCUUAUGGAAAAAUUUCUGAUAACAUUCCUAAAACAACUAAAAUUAUAACACCUAAUGAUUCAAAACAACCACACCCAAAACCUACACCCACCAAUUCAAAUUUAAAUAUCAACAGCAAGCCAAAUUCUUCUUCGGAAAAUAUGUACCAAAUACAAAGAGAACGAAAUACAAGUAAAUAUGGAAAAGCUACAAAUGCUGACGAAGAAGAUCUCAUAAUCCCCACCGUAGAAGAUGAUGAAAAUCUGCAAUUAAUGAAAGCGCUCGGAUUGCCCACGCAAUUCGACACUACACAUGAAAAAUUCGUUCCAGGAAAAGCCCACCAUUUGAGCGGUGUGAAAAUCACAAGCAAACGAAAAGUACGUCAAGUCAUGAAUCUCAAAGACAAGCCAACUCACAACAAUAAACCGAGAUUUCAGUAA